CAGUGCUUUCAUGCCCUAAAGCUGAUAAAGAGAGACUGCUGUCCAUCACUGCACAUCACAAGAUGUGCAUCCACUGCCUCUGUGCCUCGCAUAACUACACAUUACACAAUUCAUCCUCGGGACAAAGACAAACGAUGGGAAGGGGUGAACAUGGAAAGAUUUGUAGAGGAAGCUGAUGUUGUCAUUGUGGGAGCAGGCCCUGCGGGCCUUUCUGCAGCUAUCCGCCUCAAGCAGUUGGCUGCUGAGCACGGCAGAGAGAUGCGUGUCUGUCUGGUGGAGAAGGCUUCUCAGAUCGGGGCACAUACCCUCUCUGGUGCUUGCCUUGAGCCACGGUCCUUACAGGAGCUCUUCCCAGACUGGAAGGAGCGGGGGGCUCCACUUCAUACUCCUGUAACUGAAGACAAGUUUGGAAUUUUAACAAAGAAAUCUAGAAUUCCAGUUCCAAUUCUUCCAGGACUGCCGAUGGCUAAUCAUGGAAAUUACAUAGUACGUCUGGGCCACUUUGUGAGUUGGCUGGGUGAACAAGCAGAAGCUCUGGGUGUUGAGGUGUAUCCAGGCUGCGCAGCAGCUGAGGUUCUUUUUCAUGAAGAUGGUAGCGUGAAAGGGAUAGCAACUAAUGAUGUAGGCAUUCAAAAGGAUGGAGCACCUAAAGCUACCUUUGAAAGAGGUUUGGAACUCCAUGCUAAAGUCACAGUCUUUGCUGAAGGUUGUCAUGGACAUCUAGCCAAACAGCUGUACAAAAAAUACAACCUAAGGGAGAAUUGUCAACCUCAGAGCUAUGGCAUUGGACUGAAAGAGUUAUGGACUAUUGAUGAAAAGAAAUGGAAACCAGGAAGAGUAGAACAUACUGUAGGCUGGCCUUUAGACAGACAUACAUAUGGAGGAUCCUUUCUUUAUCACUUAAAUGAGGGUGAACCUUUAGUUGCUCUUGGAUUUGUG